AUCGUUUGUACACUUGUUGUGAAAAUGGUCAAUCUCGUGCAAGCUCUAGGUAUUGUGGCAUUACUUUAUUGUACAUCAGUCGCUGGAGACAAAGUAUUCCGGUUCGACUACACCUCCAGUAGAAACAUCGAUGGCUGGUGGAAGUUACACAAUAUUCCUGUAACAUGGAACAUGGCACGUCUACGAUGCCUUGCUGAAGGUGCUAUUCUGCUUUCACCACUUAAUAAGAACUACGUAAAGACAAUGAAAAUGAUCAUGGCUACUAGUAAUGGUAGUAUACAACGUGGGAUAUACAGUGGGGUCCACGCGACAUACUCUAAAGGCGUUUACUCGUCUAUAGAAGGAGUGCCACUCUCCAGAAUACCCGUGUCCUGGGCACCCGGCGAGCCUGAUAACUACGACAACAACGAGAGCUGUUUACUGUUUUUCCCCAAUGGGACCAUGGCUGAUGUCAAUUGCAAUGAAGUACGUCCCUACAUAUGUUACAAGAAAAGAAACUAUGAUGUUGUGCGCUCUGAUUGCGGGACAACAGAUAGCCAAUACCAUUUGGAGUCCAGGACGGGCAGUUGCUACAAAUUUCACACCAUAGGCCAGACGUGGCACCAAGCGUACAUGACGUGUGCUGCUGAAGGUGGAUACCUGGCCAUCAUCAACAACGAUAUCGAGGCUCAAGCACUCAAAGAGCUAGCUGCAAAAUAUCCUGAAACCAGAGAAAUAGCAAAAUUUACGAAUUUCACGGAUCCAGUUGCUGUCGGAUAUUACGAUUGGAAUAAAGACCGUACUUGGUUUACUAUUCAUGGUGAAUCAUUAAGCGAAGCUGGCUAUAGGAUCUGGUCCGAAAACCAACCAGAUAAUGCUAAAAUUGAAAACAUGGGACAACAUUGCGGUGGUAUGUUGAGAUCUAGUUUAUUGGACGAUGUGUGGUGUGAAGAUCUGACUUACCAAUUCAUUUGCGAGAAAAGCCCAGAAAGCUUGAUACCCGAAGCAUAAAUGUUUUAUUUGUGACUGUAUUUUGAU